CCAGUUAGGCGGAACCUUUGUCGUUUCCGAUCGACGCAGUUUAACGAAGCACAGGCAGCGUCCGUUGCAAGGGAAGCCGCGGAUUUGAUUUCGCGCAGGCUAGCAGGCUAGCGCGUCCUCCUCAGUAUUAGCCUACAGCUUCCUUCUUAACGAUGAUAUGUCUUUGACAAUUGGGUCACCUGCGUUAAAAAAGCUCAUUUAAAAUGAACCUUGACAGACUUCGAAAGCGAGUGCGCCAGUACAUCGACAAGGUACGAGGAGGCUACGGCGUGAUGUGGUGCUGGGAGUUGGCAUGCUAGCGAGGCUUAGCCUGCAUCCAUCUGCGCAGCAGUACCAAAGCGCACUCUUUUGGGCCGAUAAAAUUGCGUCUCUUUCUCAUGAAGAGCCACAAGACAUUUACUGGCUCGCUCAGUGCCUUUACUGGACGUCGCAAUAUCACAGAGCCUCGCACGCGCUCCGCUCGAGGAAACUUGACAAGCUGUACGGUGCUUGUCAGUAUCUCGCCGCGCGGUGCCACUAUGCUGCCAAAGAGUUCCAGCAGGCCUUGGAUAUUUUAUCGGAAGAGGCCGGAUGUAAGAAGCUGGUGGACAGGAGCGUGAAGGAGGAGGUCGGGACGCCCGAGGCCUACAAGGACUGGGACAUGUCGCCUGCCUCCAUCAACAGCUCCAUCUGCCUCCUGCGCGGCAAGAUCUACGACGCCAUGGACAACCGGCCGCUGGCCACCUCCAGCUACAAAGAGGCCUUGAAACUGGACGUGUACUGCUUCGAAGCCUUUGAGCUCCUCACGUCGCACCACAUGCUGACGGCCCAGGAGGAGAGAGACUUUCUGGACUCGCUGCCGCUUACUCAGCAGUGCACAGAGGAAGAAGAGGAGCUGCUUCAUUUCCUGUUUGAGAAUAAGUUAAAGAAGUACAACAAGCCCAGUGACCUGGUGGUGCCGGCCAUGGUCAACGAUCUGCAGGACAACCUGGAUGUGGUGGUGUCCCUCGCCGAGAGACAUUAUUACAACUGCGACUUCAAGAUGUGCUACAAGCUGACCUCCACGGUGAUGGUCAAAGACCCCUUCCAUGCUAACUGCUUACCGGUGCACAUAGGAACUCUCGUUGAGCUGGGAAAGGCAAAUGAGUUGUUUUAUUUAUCGCACAAACUUGUGGAUUUGUAUCCCAACAACCCAGUAUCCUGGUUCGCCGUCGGCUGCUACUAUCUGAUGGUCGGCCAUAAAAAUGAAAACGCCCGUCGCUACCUCAGUAAAGCCACCACUCUGGAGCGGACGUACGGUCCGGCGUGGAUCGCCUACGGUCAUUCCUUCGCCAUGGAGAGCGAGCACGACCAGGCCAUGGCUGCCUACUUCACAGCCGCGCAGCUGAUGAAAGGGUGUCACUUACCGAUGCUGUACAUCGGUCUGGAGUACGGCCUGACCAACAACUCCAAGCUGGCCGAGCGCUUCUUCAGCCAAGCGCUCAGCAUCGCCCCGGAGGACCCGUUCGUCAUUCACGAGGUGGCCGUGGUCGCCUUUCAGAACGGAGACUGGAAGAUGGCUGAGAAGUAUUUCCUCGACGCCAUGGAGAAGAUAAAAGCCAUUGGGAAUGAGGUGACCGUAGACAAGUGGGAGCCGUUACUAAACAACCUGGGCCACGUGUGUCGCAAACUCAAGAAGUACGAGCAGGCUCUGGAGUACCACCGUCAGGCGCUGGUGCUGAUCCCGCAGCACGCCUCCACCUACGCCGCCAUCGGAUACGUGCACAGCCUCAUGGGCGACUUUGAGAGCGCCAUCGACUACUUCCACACGGCACUUGGACUCAAACGAGAUGACACGUUCUCCGUGACGAUGCUCGGCCACUGCAUCGACAUGUACAUUGGCCAAACGGACGCCUACGAAGGCACAGACAUCGGCGACAAGGCGCGGGGCAGGGCAACCACGCAGACGCUGAUGAAGACGCUCAACGCGGCGACGGAACCCGCCGAAGCGCCGGCCUCGCCGCGGCCCGAGGACGCCAGCGCCAUGAUGGUGGAGACGCCGCUGUCCGGCCAGGACAAAAUGGUGCUGGACAUGCCCCUGCGCCUGUCCCUGACGUUGGAGUGCGACAUGUACGAAAGCGACGUCAUGUUGGACACCCUGUCGGACACCAGCACGUGAUGUCGGAGCCGCGGCUUUUCUCGGGCGAGGAUUUGGAAGGAAAGUCCAAACGGGAAGAUGACGUGGAGAUGCCCGACGGUUUGGAGCGAACGGAAACUCAACCUCACGACUUGAAAGACGCUCCUCCUCUCGGCGCCACCUGUGGUUUCGGUUCAAUAAAUCACAACGUUUGUCUUUAAA